AAUUAUUAAUAAAAAUGUCAUCAACAGGCAACUUGAAUGAUAAAUUUGACACAAGUUUUGUUUAUCUCUUCAAAUAUAUAAUCAUUGGUGAUAUGGGUAUAAAUUUAAUAUAUUUCUUAAGCCGUUGGUAAAAGUUGUCUUUUGAUGUAAUUUAUAGACAAAAGAUUCAGAUCCAAACAUGAUGUCACUAUAGGAGUUGAAUUUGGAGCUAGAAUCAUAAGAAUUUAAAAUGUUGCUCUUAAAUUAUCUAUAUGGGAUACAGUAUCUAAAAUAUUUUCAUUAUUAAGGCAGGAUAAGAAUCCUUUAGAUCAAUUACUAGAUCUUACUAUCGAUCAUCUGCUGCUGCUAUUAUCGUAUAUGAUAUAACAAAGUAAUCAAAUUGAAAUUUAUUUUGUAGGAGAAACUCUUUUGAAAAUGUUGUGAAAUGGCUUGAUGAUGCUAGAGAAAAUGGAAAUAAACACAUUACAUUCCUAUUAGUAGGAAAUAAAAAUGAUUUGGAAUAAGAGUAUCAAUCUAAUUUUUAUCAAAGGCGAUAAGUCUCUUUUGAAGAAGCCAAAUAAUUUGCUUCCGAAAAUGAAAUCGGCUUUAUGGAAACUAGUGCUAAGACUAAUUAUAAUGUAGACUAAGUAUUAUUCCAUAUUAAUUUUACUUUAUAGAUGUUCACUAAAUUAGCUGAAAUCAUUCUAUUUAAAAUACAAAAAGGAAUUAUUGAUCCUAAAAAUGAAGUUAAUCUUAAUAUUAUUAAUAGAAUUUUGGAGUUAGAGUAGGAACUGAGUAUCAAAAAUAUCUUGCAUCCUAAUCCUAUGAUUCAAAAUAAGAUGAUAAGGAAAAAAAUCAAAAAAUAGAACCAUCUAUAGAUGGAAAAAAUGUUUAGCUUAAUGAUUCUGUACCUGAUAGUAUUUAAUAAAAAAAAAAAUCUUGCUGUUGA